GCUCCUCUAGAGGCCGAAGGAAAGGCACAACCGGGCAACCCCGCGCUGCCAGAGACUCCCGGAGAGAAGGGCAGAAAGAGCGAGAUAAAGGCACGAUUUCUCUUCGAGAGACAGCAGCUAGAGAAGGGGAGCGAACGAUCCAAACAGAGUCCGGGGCGGGGCGGGGCCGGGUGGGAGUUAGGGGAGGUGCCAAAGGACCGAAAAGAGGGGUGGGGCACCAGCCCCGGAGAGGGUGAGCCUUCGGCUCAGUUCCCUUGCCUGCAGAUUGAGCAAUUUGGGAGCGGGAGGAGCUGAGCCUAACCAAGCGGAGGAGAGGGGGCGCGGGAGGCUGGGCGCACGGGGCUGGCCGGCAGCGCCCCUCGCCCCCUCCCGGCCCCUGUCCCAGCCUUCAGGACGGCUUCGGACCCGACAGGGAAGGAUAACGGGGGCCCAAGCAUAGUCGGAUUUGGGGGAUCGCGAAACCAGCCGAGGUUCCAUUUAGGUGUGACUGUGCCUUAAUGUUCCAGCAGAAGUUAUAAGCAGCUGUCCUCGGAUGUGACAGUGCCUCUCCUUCCGCCUCUCCCUAAGCCUCCAAGGUGGGGAAAGAAUUUCUGAAUUCCCUAUGGGGCUGAUAGCAGAGCUGCACCUCCCCUGCCCUCCUCCAUCACCCUCUGAGAUUAUGGUGGCUGUGGGCUAUGGUCCAGACCUGGGACCCACCUCGCUGACCCAGCCCUGCAGCCACUAGCUGGAGCUAGGUGCCCCCAGACCACGCUGCCUUCCAGGGGGCCAGGAGCUGGGGAGUGACUAUGCGGCUUGGACUGUUGGUGGUGGCCCUCAUUCUGAGCUGGAUGCAUCUUGCUGGCAGUAACCGAGGACUGAAGGGGAAAAGGCAGAGGCGGAUCAGCACAGAGGGAAGUCAGGCCUGUGCCAAGGGCUGUGAGCUGUGCUCUGAGGUCAACGGUUGCCUCAAGUGCUCCCCUAAGCUCUUCAUCCUUCUGGAGAGGAACGACAUCCGGCAGGUUGGAGUCUGCCUGCCGUCCUGCCCACCUGGAUACUAUGAUGCUCGCAACCCUGAUAUGAACAAAUGUAUCAAAUGCAAGAUUGAGAACUGUGAGGCCUGCUUCAGCCACAAUUUUUGCACAAAAUGUAAAGAGGGCUUAUACCUUCACAAGGGCCGCUGUUACCCAGCCUGUCCCGAGGGCUCCUCGGCGGCCAACGGCACCAUGGAAUGCAGCAGUCCUGCUCAAUGUGAAAUGAGCGAGUGGUCCCUCUGGGGGCCGUGCUCCAAAAAGAAGAAGCUCUGUGGGUUCCGGAGGGGUUCCGAAGAACGGACGCGUCUUGUGCUGCAGACGCCCUCUGGGGACCGUUCGGUCUGUCCUAGCACCAAGGAGACCAGGAGGUGUACAGUGCAGAGGAUUCCAUGCCCUGAAGGACAAAAGAGACGGAAGGAUGGACAGGGUCGGCGGGAGAAUGCCAAUGGGAACCUGAGCAGGAAAGAAAGCAAAGAGGCCCGCCUGGGCUCUCCUCGGAGACGGAAGGGACAGCCGCCGCCACAGCACAGAGGGACGGAAGGUCCCAUCGCCCCUGCUGGUGCAGCCUAGAGAGGACUCCAGGCCUGGACUCUAGAAACAGAAAGCCAGCGCUGCGACGCAUUCGAGAGCUUAGCCGAACUGGAGGGCUGCCAAAAUACAUGGCCACAUGCGGGUACGCGCACGAGGCGUGCACGUGGAUACACAAAAUACCGACGGGCAACACACACCAAACGUACACCCACACAAGGCAUGGGUGGGCGUGCCCAUCCCCCUGCUCAUACAGGCACACAUCAAAAGGAAGGCCUUCCCUUCCGUCUUAGAAGCAAUACUGUGCAGGGGCUCCAAGGCAGAAGAGUGGGAAGGGCUGGGCAAGGGGGGCCAAGUGACUUGUCCAGGGUCACACCGCCGGGAAGGGUCUGAGGCCAGAUUUUGAAACCAGGAGAGCAGCUUAAUUAAAAAAAAACAACCAACAACUUGGAAUGACCUCCAUGAAAUUAGGAGCCCCCUGGCUGCCCUCACAAUAUGCUUAUGAACACACGUGCAUAGGCAGACGUGUAUGCUCGAGGAAGAUAAAGGCAGGCAUCCAGGUGUCUACACUAGACAGACAUGCAUCCAUGUACACACACACACACACACACACACACACACACACACACACACACAGACGUGUGCGUGCCUCCAUGUGCCUCGGACAGACGUGCCUCCGGACCGUGUGCCGGCAGACUGUGGAGCACGUGCUUCUAAAGCAGCAGAGGGGAAGCCUUGGGAGGCACGGCGGUCCUUGGCUGCAUGCAGAGGUGAGGAGGGGGCCGAGGGAGCCCCCUGGCGCUCGGUGGAAGCAGAGCUGAGCUCCUUCGUUUGAGAAGGUUCCUUGAAGGAAAUUGUUUUUGGAGAACUUUCCCAGCAGUGACCCGACAGGCAGCAGUGGCUGAAGAGACAAGCAGGGCUGGGCUUGACUGCCAGGUGGACCCCACGCCUCCCUAGAGGCCUGGCCCGGAAAGGGCUCGCCUUCCCCCGCCCCUGUCCCGUGUUUCUGGAUGUAAGACUUUAUCUCGGAAGAAUCUCUGUUAAAUGUCCACGGCAUGAUGUCAGGGGAGACCAGACCCUGAAAACGGCUUAAAAAUCUAUUUCAAAUUAAAAAAUGAAAACUACCAGCUAUGUUCCUUUCCAAGGGUGAGGAUGGAGGAGACUGAGGGGGGCGGAAGGGAGGGGAAGGGGAGCUGGCUGGAGGCAGGACCGGCUCUUAGGAGGGUAGGGCAGAUUGUUAGAGAAGGAACAAGGAAAGGGAAGGAAUCUUUUUGGAAGAUUUUAUAUACAUUAUCUCAUUUGGACUUCAUAAUAAUGCCGAGGCAAAUGUUAUAGAUAGUCUCGUCCCUGUUUUACAAAUAGGGAAACUGAGGCUUAGAGAGGCUAAGCGACUUGUCCAUAGUCACAUAGUUAAUAAGUGUGAGAGGUGGGAUCUUUACUUCAAGAUUAACAGAGUACCCACUAUGCCAUCCUAUCUGCCUCUCCAGAAAAAAUAAAAGGAAGAGGACUUGGGGUUAGCUAUAAAGAAAAAGUUCUUGACUUGAAAAUCCUAGGAUGUGAGAGUGGGAAGAGACUUCAGGUCCCUGGGUGAGCCAAUGGGUGAACAGGAAAGGAUCCAAUGCAACAAUAUUUGUAAAGGGCAUAGCAGAGUGCCUGGCAAACUGUAGGUGCUUAAUAAAUGUUUGUUCUUUCUCUCCCUUGAAUUCUGGGCCUGGAGUCAGAAAAACUUGAGUUCAGAUCUAGACACUCAAGAGGACUAAAAGUCCUAGCACACAAGGAUUGGUUGAAAGACCUAAAGAUGCUAAAUUAUUUUUAACUGUCACUGGCGUCAGGGUCUGACAUCCUGAAGGUCUCAGACCCCAGGGACCCUAGGGGAGUCAUCCCAACCCCAUCUGCCUCAGCUUCCUCAAUUGCAAAAUGGGAAUAAAAAGAGCACCUGUCUUCCAGGAUGGUUGUGAAGAUUAAAUCAGAAUGUUGGGAAGUGUUUAGCACCAUACGUGGCCCAUAGGGUGUGCUUAAUAAAAUGAAUAAUAAUAAUAUGUAAUAAUAA